AUACAAUUAUAUAACUAUUGAAAAAAUUCAAAAAAAAUAGACAAUCAAUAAUUUAACAUAAAAUUUAAGGGUAUGAGUGUUCUUAGUUCGUAGGGCUCUGUCGCUCUUUAGAACGGUUGAGAAAGUAUUGGGUGAAUGUGACCUAAUUAAGGUUUCUAAAACUAACUAUAUAUACUAAUAAAAUAAGUAUAAUUUAGUAAUUUACUAACCUAAACGGGACAAGGUAACCUACCCCCGUCCCAAACCCGCGCGGGUUUUCAUUAAUAAAAACCAUUCCCGCCCAAAUAUACUAAACAGUUCCCCAAAACAGCUAUAAAUAGGGCAAGGUAGGGUAGGUACCCGUCUCCGCGAGGCAAAUUGUCAUCCCUACUUCCAACUCUAACACGAUUCUUUCAAUACCCUUAUUAUUCUAAAAUUCAAUCUCAUACAUAUUCUUUCCAUCACUUCUUCUUUUUUUUUUUUUUCAAAUGUAGUUAGAAUAAUACAUAAACAAACUCUUUCCAUAUAUAUAUUUUUCAUUUUCACAAACUAAGUUUGCAUAUAUCUUAAAUGUAUUGGAAUGCUUUUAUAAGAAUUCUAUAAGAAAUUAAUUUUGACUAGGGGUGCACAAAAAUCCGGUCAAACCAAAAAUCCAAACCAGAUCGGACAGUUUGCUUUGGUUUGCUAAUGGUUUGGUUCGUUCAUGAUUCUAAAUUUAUGAAACCGUAAAGAUAUGGUUUGGACAUGAUUUGAGGUCCUUUAAGACCGAACUAGACCGAACCGAACCGAACCAUUAUAUAUAUAUAUAUAUAUAUAUAUAUAUAUAUAUAUAUAUAUAUAAUUAUUUAUAUAUAUGUUAAUUUAUAGAAUAUAUAUAAUAUAAUCCUACAAUCCAAAUCAUUUAAAAGUUUAUAACAACUAUCAAUCAUAUGGUCCACUUUUAAUUAUCUUAGGUAUUAUCAAUUUAUUAAAUAAUUUUUUUUUUUUUUAAGUGGCUGAAUUGAAUUGUGACUGAUUGUUUAUUGCUGAAAUAGUAAUUCUAAAUGUAUUAGGUUAUUACCAAUUUUGAAUUUAUUUACUUCAAUUUCAGAAGUGAUAGAGAAGAAUGAAUUAAAAGUUCUGAAUAUAUUAAUAGUUCUGAAUGCGUUGCUAACUUGGUUUAUUAUUGUGCAUGUGAUAUAAUAUGAAUACUUCCGUAAAAAAAAAUGGAAUCGAACCGAACCGGUUUUUCACAGUUUGGUUUGGUCUGGUUCCUUUGGUCAAAUGGUUCGGUUUGAUUCCAAAACACUCUUAAACCGGUCCAAACCGAACCGUAUGCACCCCUAGUUUUGAAUAUCAACAAAAAUCCAUGAUUGAAGAAUUUCAAUUCAUAUUUUAUUAAUUUGUUUGUGUUUUUUAUUUAUUUUUUUAUUUUUAUCAUAGUUAUUGUUUUGUUAAAUUUUUAAUUGUUACUUUCUUUGGAAUUUAUUUUUGUUUUUUUCUUUUGUAGUAAGUAAAGAGAGUUAUUUUAUUUUAUUUUUAUUUUUCUUAGUCGGAACUCACACACACUGCCUCCACUGAGGUUUGAACCCCUAACGUCCCUUUAAAAAGUAGGAAUUUUGUACUGCUAGACCACGGGCCUGUUGAUAAGAGAGUUAUUUUUGUUAAUUUAUUUUUGGAGGUUUUUGUUUUGAAAGGCAUUUUAUAUUUUGGUUUUAAAUUACUUAUUUUUACACUAUCCCAUGAAGUCAGUGAAGUAUACAUGGGUUUUGUAUUUGUCCCGUCAAAUAGCACUACUCAAAAAUUAUUUAUUAUGAAAAUUUAACAAUGUUUUAUCUUAUUGUUGUUCAAGACCCCUCUCUCUCAAAUCAUUUUCAGACUCCAUCAGUGAAUCAACGCAUUGAUUAUCACAUUUUAAAUGAUCAAAAUCACCACUACAACAUCGAACCAGCAAGCCUAGUAAAGAUGGUGAAGGAGAAGAGCUUUGAUCUUCUUCGCCAACUUGGUGGGGUAGAAGGCAUAGUGAUUAAUCUUGAAAGUCAUGCUGAUAAUGGAAUCAAUGGCUUUGGUGAAGAUGUGAAAAGGCGACGCGAGGCCUUUGGUUCAAACACUUACCACAAGCCACCUCCAGAAGGCUUUCUUCAUUUCUUGUUGGAAGCCAUAAAAGAUGCCACUAUUAUUAUCCUUCUAGUAUGUGCAGUUCUUUCUCUUGCCUUUGGCAUUAAAGAAAAUGGGAUAAAGGAGGGUUGGUAUGACGGCUCGAGCAUUCUUUUCGCUGUCCUUUUGGUGGUGGUGGUAUCAGCGGUGACUAACUUCAGGCAAUCAAGACAAUUUGAUGAAUUGUCCAAAGUUAGUGACAAUAUUCAAGUUGAAGUCACGAGAAAUGGAAGGCCUCAACAAAUCUCCAUAUUUGAUAUUUUAGUUGGAGAUGUUGUGAACUUGAAAAUUGGAGAUCAAAUUCCAGCUGAUGGGUUGUUCUUGUAUGGCCAUUCCUUACAAGUAGACGAAUCAAGCAUGACAGGAGAGAGCAACCACGUCGAAAUUGAUGAAAAUGUCAAUCCAUUCUUAUUUUCCGGAGCCAAGAUAGCGAACGGGUAUGCCCGGAUGGUUGUCACAGCAGUGGGGAUGAACACUUUGUGGGGUGAGAUGAUGAGCUCCAUAAGCCAUGACUCGAAAGAGCAAACUCCAUUGCAGUCAAGACUCAACAAAUUAACUUCCUCUAUCGGAAAGGUUGGUUUGGUCGUUGCUUUUCUUGUUCUUCUUGUGCUGCUAGCUCGUUACUUCACAGGGAAUACAGAAGAUGAUAAAGGAAAUCGUGAAUUCAAUGGUAAAAGUACCAAAUUUGAUGAUAUUAUGAAUGCCAUGGUACGUAUUAUAGCAGCCGCGGUGACAAUUAUUGUUGUCGCGAUUCCUGAAGGUUUGCCGUUGGCAGUGACACUCACUUUGGCCUAUUCUAUGAAAAGAAUGAUGGCUGAUCAAGCAAUGGUUAGGAAACUCUCGGCAUGUGAGACAAUGGGCUCAGCAACCAUCAUUUGCACUGACAAAACUGGUACACUUACCAUGAAUAAAAUGAAGGUGACCAAAUUUGUGCUAGGCAAAGAUCACAUUACAGGCAAUUUUAGGGACAUAGUAUCUCUUAAUGCUCUUGAAUUGCUCUACCAAGGAGUGAGCCAGAACACUACUGCUAUUCUUUACAAAGCCACCAAAUGGUCUGAAUCAGAGUUCUCUGGCAGUCCAACGGAAAAAGCUAUCCUCUCUUGGUCUGUCCAAGAAUUAGACAUGAAUGUCGAAGAAUUGAAACAAAAUUAUGUCAUCUCCCAUGUGGAGACCUUUAAUUCGCAAAAGAAACGAAGUGGGGUUCUAAUAAAAAGUAGGAUUGACAACACUUUCCAUGUCCACUGGAAAGGAGCUGCUGAAAUGAUACUAGCCAUGUGUUCAAGUUACUACGACAAGUCUGGCAUCAUCAAACCCUUGGAUGAUGGCGAGAGAGAUGAGAUCAAGCGAAUAAUUGAAGGUAUGGCUGCGGAAGCCCUUCGAUGUAUUGCAUUUGCUCAUAAACAAAUUAUAGAGCCAAAGUCACGUUCCACUGAUGAUGGCAAGACACGUAUAGAAUUAAAUGAAGACAACUUGAUUUUCUUAGGCAUAGUUGGUUUGAAGGACCCAUGUAGGCCUGGGGUGAAAAGAGCUGUGCAAAUUUGCAGAAAUGCUGGAGUGGAUAUAAAGAUGAUCACAGGUGACAACAUUUUCACUGCAAGAGCUAUAGCCAUUGAAUGUGGGAUACUUGGAUCAGAUCAAACCAUGCAUGACAGGGAAGUAGUGGAAGGUGUAGAAUUUCGAAACUAUACUCCGGAUGAGAGGAUGGACCGGGUUGAAAAAAUUCGCAUCAUGGCAAGAUCUUCCCCACUUGAUAAGCUUUUAAUGGUGCGGUGCUUGAAGCAGAAAGGCCAUGUUGUCGCGGUCACAGGGGAUGGCACAAAUGAUGCACCGGCUCUAAAAGAAGCCGAUGUUGGACUGUCUAUGGGCAUUCAAGGCACUGAAGUGGCUAAGGAGUGCUCAGACAUUGUCAUUUUGAAUGACAACUUCACUUCAGUGGUGACUGUAUUGAAAUGGGGGAGAUGUGUGUAUAACAAUAUCCAAAAGUUCAUUCAAUUCCAACUCACUGUCAAUGUCGCCGCCCUUGUGAUCAACUUGGUUGCAGCAUGUUCUGCUGGUGAAGUCCCACUAACGGCAGUUCAAUUGUUGUGGGUUAAUCUGAUCAUGGACACAUUGGGGGCUCUAGCUCUGGCCACAGAGAGGCCUACUGAUGAACUCAUGGAGAAAAAGCCGGUGGGUCGAGUAGAGCCACUUGUGACCAAUGUCAUGUGGAGGAACCUCAUUUCUCAAGCACUCUAUCAAAUCUUGAUCCUCUUAAUACUUCAAUUUAAAGGACAGCCUAUCUUCAAUGUGAACUUAGAGGUAAAGAACACCCUUAUCUUCAACACAUUUGUUCUUUGUCAAGUCUUCAAUGAGUUUAAUGCUAGGAAAAUGGAGAAGAAGAAUGUCUUCAAAGGGAUACACAAGAACAAGUUGUUUCUCUGGAUAGUGGCAUUAACUGUUGUUCUUCAGGUUAUAAUGGUGGAGUUUUUACAGAAAUUUGCAAAUACAAAAAGGCUGAAUUGGCUGCAAUGGGGUUUGUGCAUUGUAUUAGCAGCAAUGUCCUGGCCUCUUGCUUGGGUUGUGAAGUGCAUACCAGUUCCUGAAAAACCAUUUCUUACCUAUGUAUCAUGGGGAUGCUUGAGAAGUAUAAUUUAGAUAUAUAUGUAUGUGUGUUGGGGAAUGUUCUUAAGUAUUGUAAUAAGGAGAUAAAAAGUAAUUAAUAUGUGUAAGAUGUACAAUCAAUGCAAAUGCUGCGUUUAACCACUAAUCUGAGACAAUUACUCUGGAAGCUUGAUCAAUUUAGAUGCAAAACUAGUACUUUUUAAUGAUCUUUAGAGAUUUUUUGCUAUUAGCUAAAUUUUUUAGGGUUUUUUCCCGGUUGUAAAUAGUUGUAAUUCUCAAGCUUUUGAGUACCUUUUCUCAUUAAUAACAA